GUUCUUUUGUGUGGCAGCUCAGAAUGAUGGAUCAAGCCAGAUCAGCAUUCUCUAGUUUGUUUGGCGGAGAACCAUUGUCAUACACCCGGUUUAGUCUGGCUCGGCAGGUAGAUGGUGAUAACAGUCAUGUGGAGAUGAAGCUAGCAGCAGAUGAAGAAGAAAAUGUUGACAGCAACACAAGGAGUAACCACAUCGGUGUCGCAAAACCAAAAAGGCUAAAUGGAUAUGUCUGCUAUGGGAUUAUUGCUGUAAUCACCUUUUUCUUGAUUGGAUUUAUGAUUGGCUACUUGGCCUAUUGUAAACGUGUAGAAUCAAAAACAGAUUGUAAGACACUGGUACCAACAGAGCCUUCAGAGACAGAAGAGACAGAAACUUUCGAAGCAGAAAACUUCCCUCAAACACCUCGCUUAUUUUGGGCAGACCUCAAAAUACUGUUGUCAAAGGGAUUGGAUACCACAGACUUCACCCGCACCAUCAAGAUGCUGAAUGAAGAUUAUGCCCCUCGUGAAGCUGGAUCUCAAAAAGAUGAAAGCCUUGGUUUUUUCAUUGAAAAUCAAUUCCGUGAAUUUAAACUCAGCAAAGUCUGGCAUGAUGAACAUUUUGUUAAGAUUCAAGUCAAAGGAAGCAAUGCUGAAAACUCGGUGACCUUAGUGAAUACGGACAGCAACAGCUUGGUAUACCCAGUGGAGAGUCCUGAGGGUUACGUGGCAUACAGUAAGGCUACGACAGUUACUGGUAAACUGAUCUUUGCUAAUUUUGGCACUAAAAAAGACUUUGAGGAUUUAAAAAUGCCUGUGAAUGGAUCUCUAGUUAUUGUUAGAGCAGGGAAAAUCACUUUUGCUGAGAAGGUGGCAAAUGCUCAAAGUUUAGAUGCAAUUGGUGUCUUGAUAUACAUGGACCGGGCUAACUUUCCUAUCAUCAAUGCAGAUGUUCCAGUUUUUGGACAUGCUCAUCUAGGAACAGGUGACCCGUACACACCUGGAUUCCCUUCUUUCAAUCAUACUCAGUUUCCACCCUCUCAGUCAUCAGGAUUGCCUAACAUACCUGUGCAAACAAUUUCCAGAGCUGGUGCAGAAAAGCUAUUUGGAAAUAUGGAACAAGAUUGUCCUCUUACUUGGAGAACAGACUUUCCAUGCAAACUGGUGUCCUCACCAAGUAAGAAUGUGAAGCUCACUGUGAACAAUGUGCUGAAAGAGAUAAAAAUUCUUAACAUCUUUGGAGUUAUUAAGGGCUUUGAAGAACCAGAUCGCUAUGUUAUAGUAGGGGCCCAGAGGGAUGCCUGGGGUCCUGGAGCUGCAAAGUCCAGUGUAGGAACAAGUCUCCUAUUGAACCUUGCCCAGAUACUCUCCGACAUGGUCAUAAAAGGUCAGUUUAAACCCAGCAGAAGCAUUGUCUUUGCCAGCUGGAGUGCUGGAGAUUUUGGAGCUAUUGGUGCCACUGAAUGGCUAGAGGGAUACCUUUCCUCCUUGCAUUUAAAGGCUUUCACUUAUAUUAAUCUGGAUAAAGCUGUUCUUGGUACCAGCAACUUCAAGGUUUCCGCCAGCCCACUGUUGUAUUCGCUUAUUGAGAAAAUGAUGCAAGAUGUAAAAAAUCCAGUUACUGGGCAGUCUCUGUAUCGAGACAGCAACUGGAUCAACAAAGUUGAGAAACUUUCUUUUGAUGAUGCUGCUUUCCCUUUCCUUGCAUAUUCUGGAAUCCCAGCAGUUUCUUUCUGUUUUUGUGAGGACACAGAUUACCCUUAUCUGGGUACUACCAUGGAUACCUAUGACGUCCUGAGUAAGAGGGUUCCUCAGUUGAACAGAAUGGCACGUGCAGCAGCCGAAGUGGCUGGUCAUCUUGUGAUUAAACUUACCAUUGAUUUUGAAUUGAACCUGAACUAUGAGAUGUAUAAUGACAAAAUACUUUCAUUUGUGAGGGAAAUGAACCAAUUCAGAGUUGACAUAAGGGAGAUGGGUCUGAGUCUGCAGUGGCUGUAUUCUGCUCGUGGAGACUUCUUCCGUGCUACGUCUAGACUAACAUCAGAUUAUAGGAAUGUAGAGACAAGAGACAAAUUUGUCAUGAGGGAAAUCAAUGACCGUAUCAUGAAAGUGGAAUAUCACUUCCUUUCACCCUAUGUAUCUCCGAGAGAGUCUCCAUUCCGACAUAUCUUCUGGGGCUCUGGCUCUCACACCCUGUCAGCUUUAGUAGAGCACUUAAAGCUGCGUCAGAAAAAUAGCAGUGCUUUUAAUCAAACACUAUUGAAAAAUCAGUUGGCUCUAGCAACUUGGACUAUUCAGGGAGCUGCAAAUGCCCUCUCUGGUGACAUUUGGGACAUUGACAAUGAAUUUUAAAUGUGAUACUCAUAACCUAUCAUAAGAACAUCAGGGUAAUGUGGUUUUCUAGA